AGUGAAGCGUCUUCCAAGGCGGAGACGAUCUUCGUUACAAACAUGGCAGCGCGCAUGUGAAUGUCAUGCCAUUUUAAUUUGGUGCCUGAACAAGUUGUUGUACGAUAAGUGAGACAUUAAUGCUGGCAUGUGAAUAACAUUCCCCGGAAUUGUGCUUUUAUUCACCUCAGACAGCUAAAAUCGGGUAAACCAUAACUUAUUUGAUUCAUUAGCUAACCCGGUCUCGAUGGUAGCAUUUUAGCUAACCAGUAGUGAACCUCAGGCUAAAUCGUGAUGGAUCCUGACCAACAACUGAGAAAUCUGCGGGAUUUCCUUCUGGUUUACAACCGUAUGACUGAAAUUUGCUUCCAGCGAUGCACCAGCAACUUCAACUACAGAAACCUCACUAUGGACGAGGAGAGCUGUGUGGACAGCUGUGCAGGGAAGCUGAUUCGCUCAAACCACCGCCUGAUGGGCACGUAUGUGCAGCUGAUGCCUCGGAUGGUGCAGCGCCGCAUGGAGGAGAUGGAGAAAAAGGCAGAAGAAAAUGCAAAGGCAGCAGAGGCUGCUGCUUCUGCCACUGAAGCCUCAACGGCAUCUCAAGGCCCCAUCACCUCAUCUCCACCCCCACAAGUACCUCCUCUGUUAACUUCCUCAGUGACUGAUGUUGGACCAGAGGCCCAGGGCGCAUUCUCAAAGCCACCAGGAUUAGAUAUUCCUGUUGAGCUCAAUGCUGCUGUGUCCAAAUCCACAACAGCCUCUGUCAAAUUAUCAGCUGCUACAGCAGUUACACCUACAUCUGAAGCAGUGUUUCCCUCAGUGCUUAAUGAUGCUGGCAAUGGACUGUCUUAUUCAGUGGGCUCUCCUCAGUCACAGUUAGCUGGUACCCAAACUGAGAGCUCUGCACCUAUGUUUAUGCCAUCUAAGCCCACAUCCAUAUCAGCAGAUGUGCCUGUGUCAACAGUAGCUGCACCUACAGUCUCUAAAUCCACCGAGAGCCUGGUGGGCCAAGAGAGAGCCACAGAGCUUUCCAAGCCAUCAGGCCAAUAAUGGCUCCCAGUCUGUGUGUGUCUCAGGUGGUCAAGCUGUUCUCUUCAUCCCUCUUACUCCCACCACAAACAACCCACCUCUGAUGGGUUAAUGCAACCAAUGUUACACUCAAGUGUGAGAAAGAAUAGAUUAUUAAUUACUAGACAAAAUUAUAAAAUAAAGUAUAAUCUUACAUAUCUUGAUAAAGAUGGGGGUCAAAAUAUUUCAGAUGCAAGUGCAGAGUCUGUGCUGUAUUGAGUCCCUGCUCGUACACCUGCAUGACUCCAUUGUGUGCUGGGCUCAGCUGUGAAUCGGGAUGCUUCACCCUGUUUUUAUAGCAUCCAAUCACUAUCUUCUUAUCAGAAAAGAGGAAAAUGUCAACAUACAUCAAUGUGAUAACAACCACCUAAAAUGAGAGGAAUUAUUUUUGACAUUGUUUACUCAACAGUCAGUAAAUAAAAAUAGUUUUAAAUUUUUAGUCCCCUGUGACCUCCAUACAGGCAAUAAAAUCCUGUUAAUAAAAGUUGUGUUUUGUGAUAAGAAGCAAAAACAGAAAAGAUGUUGUCAUAACUGUGUAUAUUGGUGUGUGUGUGAGAGAGAGAGUGAGGGCAGAGAUAUUGGCAGUCAGCGAUCUACAAGGAUCAGUCUCAGUCCUGCAGCCUGGUUUGUGGAAGCCUGAUUGUUUUCUGUUUGGACUUUCAGAAGCUAGUAGAGCUCAGGUUGAUGACCCUCUAAAUAGACUCAGUCCUGAUGAUAAUUGUUUUGUACAGUAAAGUGUCUGUAAUAAACAUGAGAGGAUUCAUUUUUUUUCCAUUCUUUAUUGACAUCCUCUUGUAUUUGUUUUUUGAAAGCAUAUGCCAUCACUCAGAAGUGGGUCAGGGUGUGUGCCUCAAAGUAUGUGGGUGUUACAUAUCAUCACCUCCCUCUCUCCUCCCAACGUUUCCUGUCUUUGCACGAAACACGCUGUGUACUCUUUAAUCCAGCAAGCGAAGCCAUCUUAAAACAGGAUUCCCAGUGACUUCACUCCCCCGCAGGAAAGUUUAUGACUCUCUUUAGCAAAACUGAACAAUGUACUUCCAAGUCACAGCCAAAGAGAUUUGCAGUCCCUGUCAGGAACCAGCUAGUAGAAGAAACUGGAUUUGCUAAUUAGACAGGAGCACAUGGAAUAAGUAUCAUUUAUGCACACAUUUUGCAUUAAUGUUAUGUGUUUGCCAGACUCCAAUACAGCCUGAAUUGUCCUUUCUAACAAUAGGAAUUUUGACUUGUGACAGGUGUUGCUAAUAACAAUAAAGAUGACUCUGUUCUAUUCAUGUGUCUUGUUAAGUCAUGACAGUGAGCUUAUGGCUGUCAGGAUAUAUUGUCAACCAAUAAACGGCAAGAAACUCCAGACAGAAACGGAAAAGACAGUUUAUUUUUAAACAGUAAAAUCUCCUAACCAAUACACACACACAGACCUGACUGACUGCAGACAUUUUGACGUGUCACAGUAGGAAAUGCACUGGUUUAAAUGAUAACAUUAAUGACGGCUGAACAGAAUAGAGACAGUAUUGAGGUUAGUGACACCUUUUCCUAUCAGUGUCAAUUUCUUGUUCAGUGAGAGUUCUCUAAUACUGAGACUUGUGAGAUCAUGUGUAAAUGUUAAUGUA